UCCAUUGAGAACACAAAAUGGCUGACCAGCGUAUUAAACGACCUACAAAUGCGUUCAUGGUAUGGUCUCGGAGCCAGCGGCGAAAGGUACGACAGAUUAAUCCAAAACUACAUAAUUCAGAGAUCAGCAAACAACUUGGGAUUGAAUGGAAGCAGAUGACUGAGAUGGAAAAAAGACCAUUCAUCGACGAAGCAAACCGUCUUAAGCAACAGCACGCCAAAGAACAUCCUGAUUACAAAUACCAACCAAAACGCAAGCGGAAAGUGACGCCAGGGAAGAGUAAUCGUCCAAUGACGGCGGCGGCAAUGAUUGCAGCCGCUAGCUCGGCAACAAACAACGGUGUCAUCGUCCAACCCGGCGUUCAACCCGCGUCUACGAGCACUGUGACAGCCUUGCCGGGAACAACAUCGGCGGCGGUGGCGCCUUACUCGAUUAUGCUACUGCAGGUCGUUGACAAUGCGGGAAUCAGUGGACAGAACACAGUACCACCAACAACAGAAGCAGUCACAACAGCGGAACCAGGUACUGCUACAAUUGCAGAGGAUAAAUCGACAUGAGCGUAUGAUUGUGACCUCUGAUUUAGUUCACACUGAACAUUGAAUUUACUCAUGUCACGCCCGAGAUUAUUGUGUCAGUUUUGUUUUCACCAACGUUGGCCGUGACGAAAAACCUGUAAAAUACAGUGCGAUCACACUGCCUAUCCACUGUGGUGUUGCCGUUACCAAAAUACAUCCCAACUCUUUACGUACUAUAACGUACGAAUGCAUUUUAUUAUUAUGAACGCACAUCUAACAUUGUGACUUUUUAACAGUGAAUAACCGCCAAUCUCUAAAUGGCUUUUGCGUAUGUCCUUUGUCUGUGAUGACCACUUCCGCGUGGUGAUAAUGGUUAUGGGCGUGUCAUUGCCAUACUGACAUGCCAAUCACUAACAGCGUCACCGCAGCACGCGGUUUGUGUGAAUUACUGGCAAUGGUUUCCCGGGUGUUUUGAUAAACUGUUCGCUUCGGUAAUGUUUGCCUGGUAUGGAGGUCUUCAAUUUAGGUUAACCUUUCACCUCUAUGCCAAGGUGUUGCUCUCACGAAUGAAUAAUGUAUAUUAUUCGCAGGGAGUUAUGUUUUUUAUCUUCACUGUCUUCAUAUUGCGCCAGACUUGUGUGACCUUGACGUUCUCCGAAAAUUCACCGAUAAUUUUUGUAAAUGAAAUAGAUAGCAUAGGAAAUGUCAGUCACGGCAUCAUAAUUAGUAGCUUGAAUUAUUGUGUGAAUUUGCAAGGACAUUGUCGCUGUGAAUUAUUUACUGGAGAGGGGGUAUACUAUUAGAUCGAAUUUGUCAUAUUUUUAACAUGGUUGCAUAUCUUAUAUGGUUCAACAAAAAAAUCCAUCUGGAAAAUACCAUCUGUAACGUUUUCAUUGUUUGUGUAUUUUUUACCACCUGUCAUAUUUGAGUUCUUCAGAGCAUGUGUGAAACAUCGUUAAUGUUCACUUUUUGUUGGUUUGAUCAUAAUACACUCUAGAGGCCCCACAAUAUAGUAUUUAAUAAUAUUACUUUGGUUAACUGCCCAUUGACGUAAAUCAACACAUUUUGAGGAACAUAGCUACAUUUUGGCAGCUAAAUAUUUUUUUUACGAUCAAUAGAAAGUUUGCCGAAGUCCCAUUAUUCUGUAUUCCGAACUUGUGUUAAAUAUUGUAAUUUUACUGACGUCACCGAAUACACAUCGAAACAUUGAGUUUGUGGUUUUAUAGGUAUACUCGCAACGUUGAAAAUAGAAUAGGCAGGUCUAAUGCGGCAAAUUAAUAUUAGGAUUAAAUAGAAUCAUGUAUAAAAUUGAAUGAUUUUAGUGUACCCUCUACAAUUGGUCCUUUCACAUGUAUUAUUCAUAUUCGCAAUACUAUUUUUCACAAUAAAUAAAAACAAUAAAUACA